AUGGGCAUCUGGAAUCGCAAGCUUGGUACCCUCACACAAUCACUCGCUCCAUGUGGUCUCGUUACCAUCCUCUUCUGCGUGUGGGGCUUCGCAUACGGUCUACUCGACGUUCUCAAUUCUCACUUCCAAACCGAGCUCCACAUCACAACAACCCAGGCCUCCGGCCUCUCCGCCGCUUACUUCGGCCCGUACUUCCUCUGCCUAUUUAUAUUGACGAUCACAGGCAGGAUCCUGAGGCGAUACGGGUUCCGCGUAACAUUCAUGACGGGAUCUGCGGUCUUAGCUGUGGCUUGCUCGAUGUUCUGGCCGAGGGGUGCAAAGAGGUCAUUUGGUGGGUUUUGCGGGAGUAUGUUCAACGUGGGAGCCGGGCUUUCGACUUUGGAGACAGGCGCAGACAGCUUCCUCUCCAUCUGCGGUCCACCUCGGUAUUCUGAAGUUCGUCUCAACCUUGCCCAGUCCAUCCAGGGUGUCGGCUCAUUCGUGGCUCCCCUCCUUGCUUCCCGCGUCUACUUCGCUUCCACCGUUGACACCGCUCAAGGUCUGAAGAAUGUCCAAUGGGUCUACCUUGGCGUAGCCUGCUUCGUUGCCCUACUCAUCAUCCUCUUCUGGGCCGUUUCUAUGCCGGAGGUAACAGACGCUGACAUGGCAGCGCAAGAAGUACAAAUGGACUUCGACCCCGGGCCCCUUCGCAAGCAAGCCAAACUGUUCCUGGAUGUCUGGAGUCAAUUAUGCUACGUCGGGGCACAAGUCGCCGUCGCUAACUACUUCAUCAAAUUCUGUCGAGAGUCAGGGAGGGACUCCGCAACGUCCUCCAACCUCCUCGCCGUCGGACAAGGAAUGUGCGCCCUUAACCGCUUCCUCGCCCGUGACAAACCCCGCCACAUCCCCAUAAUCUACCUGGCCCUCUGUUUCGUCUUCGCCCUCGCCGCAGCGACGACACGCGGUACGACUUCGGUCGCAAUGCUCAUCCUCGUGCUCUGCUUCGAAUCCGCCUGGUUCGCGGCGAUUUUCACACUAGCCCUCUGCAGUCUCGGAAGACACACAAAGUUGGGAUGA